AUGAUGUUUGAAAAGGCUGGUGGCCUGAUUGGAAGCUCUCCUGCACAAGUAUCAAAAGGAUGUUUGAGAAUCGAGGAUCUGGUAGAAGAUGUUCAUCCUAAAAGCACCUAUUUGACACCAAGAUCUUGUAUUUACAUGAAAUACAUAUUUAUUGAUGUCAGUUUAGGUAAAGGAGAGGCAUCAUCUGAUCAGGAUGAAGAGUAUUUUGGCUGGAUUUUAAAACUUGAACAACAAAUUGGAGCAGUUGAGAGCACCUACAAAUCUAGAAAAAAAAAAGAAGCUAAACGACUUUCCAUUAUCCAAUUCCAUUGCCAAGAACUGCUUAUUAUUUCCGGCCAGCAAUGUUCUGUUAAUGGGUCCAACUGGCUCAGGGCAGGGAAGACAUUACUUGCAAAGACCUUAGCUCGAGUAGUGAAUGUUACUUUUGUUAUUGCUGAUGCUACUACUUUGACACAGGCAGGUUAUGUUGGAGAAGAUGUGGAAUCAAUAUUCUAUAAGCUUCUUGUGGUUGCUGACUUCAAUGUGGAAGCAGCUCAACAAGCGACCACUAUGGCAAACACUUUCAUCAUUAUCAUCUCCUGUUUCGACUCUUCCACUUUGCUUAUACUCUACUCAUGUGUGUAUGUGAUAAGCGGAAAGGAUGUAGUCCAGCUCAGAAAAUCCAUUUGUACACCAGGGAUGGUUCUUCAGUUUGGUUUCGGAAGUGAUUCAGCAAACCCUCAUCUGUCUCACAAUCAUGAGCAAAAUAAGGUUGUAUAUACUGGAACUCUCACGAUAAUGACACGAUACGAGGUUGGUGGGAUGUCUUGCACCAAGAAGAAAAAUGCAAUGCAAUUACUUCAUUAUUUAUUGAAGAAAGAACAAAAAAAAAUUGAAUCAGCACCAACGGGCGCGCAUGAUUCCCAUCUAGUUUCCAUUAAAUGUGAACAUGAUACUUUUAAAAGCAACAUAUUAAGACAUUAUAUACUUUGGAUAUCUAAACUUGUCUGA